UCAACUGAACCUAACCUCAAGCCCCAAACAUUUCAGUUUCAGGCCGAGUUCCCAACAUGUUCCCAAAUGUUAGCUUAUUUCUAAUUCAUUAAAGUGCAUUCGAAGUGUUUAAUCUAUUCUACAGCGUGAUUCAAUACUUUCUGUUUAAAAUUCGAAAAGAACCCACAUCAUUCAUUUUGUACUUCUUUCUUCAUUUUCAUUGAGUGUUGCUGUUAUCAGAGGUCUCUCAUCAGUAACAUGUCGAAGUCAGUUGAUCAAGAGUUAAAAAACGCUUUUCAGGAGCUGCAGCUCAAAAUGAUCGACACCAAGCAAAAAUUGAAGCUUUCAGACGUCCAGAUAGAUUCUUUGAAAAGGACUAAAGUCCACUCUGAAAUUACUCUAAAAGAAAUUAAGGCUUUGUCGGACAGUAUAAAAACAUACAAGAGCAUUGGGCGCAUGUUCCUCACCGCUGAAAAAGCUGAAGUUCUGAAAGAUUUACAAAGUCAAAUCAAUAUGUGCGAUGAAAAGAUAGAAAAAUUAGAGAGUGGGAAAAAAUAUCUUGAUAGAAGUUACAAAGAUAGUGUAAACAAUCUCCGAGAAAUGGUCCAACAGCGGAAAGAUGCAGUGCAGAAGGAAAGCUAAUCAUCUAAUAAUAUUUCAGGAAGCUGCAAGAAAGUUAUCUCCAAUUCUACUAAUAAACUAAUUUUGGCUUAAGUUAUUUUGAACGUGCCACAGCAGGAAAUUUUUGCCAUCAUGCGAAUUUGCUUCCAUGAGUCUUCCUGAAACAUACAAUUGACUUUCUAAUUUUCAUCCCGUGCUGUAUGAUUUCCGUUUCUUGUAUUAUGGCAAACCUCGCUGAUGUGAAAUGUAUAAAGUAAAUUAUAAGGAUGGCUAAACUUUGAAACCACACUAUCACAGUUCAUGAUGUUGCAGACUUCUCACCUCAUGUCAUACUUAUUUUGUCAGUCAAGAAAACAACAUAAUUUAUUGUGAUUUUUCUUCUCUGUUAGGAGAUUAUUCUGUGAACAUUUCAAGAAUGAAAUUGGCUCAGCUCACUAUGGAAAAAUAAAAUAAGAGCAGAAGUUUGAAAACAUUGCAAUUGAGAUUUGUGGUUUCUGAGUAGAGAAAUCUAUGAGAGUCGCACAUGUUCAAAGCCGAAGUCGAAAGGAAGGAAUAGGGAUGUAAAUUGAUUUUCUGAACUGGUUGAUAAGUAAACUAGAUUACCAAACCAAUAUUAGAAGCUCAUAACUUUUGGGAAACCACAUACAAUUUUUUUCAGCAAUGUGCUUAUUGGAAUUCUGCAACUGUGCUCAUCCUUUGCUACAACUUGGCCUGUGCAACAAAAUUUCAAUAAGUUCAUUGGAGGACUCCUGUUUUUUGUAGUUCCCUGGCAAUUAAAAUCCUUAAUAACAUCGGUUUUGUUGGUUUAAUUUUUUAUGUAAGUCAUGUAGAACACUUCUGGACUGAUACUUAAUGGACCUUUCCUAGGAAACUAACUGACACAACUGUUUGAUCCCCUGAAUUCCCCUUUUUUUAUUAUUUUUACCAACGGCAUACUUAAAGUCUUGUUGCGUUAUACACCCUAAAAUCUGAUUUAUAACUGAAGAAAUGAAAAAUUAAAGAAUAAGUUUUACAGCUAAUUUCAAA